AUGUCAAAACCACACACACGAUACGCCCAGGACGCAGAUGCCGAACCACUCAUUGCUUUAGCAAACAACGUCCAAACUGCCCUCACUGCAUCUGGUAGCCUGCAACAAAUCGGGCCCCUUUCACAAGCCGACAUCCMACAAGCAUGUGCCAACCGCCAUUGUUUUGUCAUUGAGGAUCCUCGAAGUGAAGCAAUCCUGGGAUGUGCGUUUGUCAAACUUCUCUCCAACGACGCCGAGGUCUCCUACGAAUUGGGACCUCGAGGUAUGGUGACCAUCUCUUCCUGCCCUCGACCAUGGUUGUAUCUUCAUACGGUCAUGUUACAGCCUUCUAGUCAAGGCCGUGGCAUUGGAGCGCAGCUUGUUGAUGAUCUGGUGCGGGUAUUGGAGGAGCAGCAUGUCCAGAUGGGCGGGACUAUGCUGCUCAAUUGCUGGGCUGGGAAUGACAAGCUGAGAGUGUUCUAUGCAAAUGCCGGCUUCAUCUUUCUGGCAGUGGUGUCCAAAAAGGACUAUGAGAUUGCCGUCUUUCACAAGCAGCUUACCAGGAGAUGCUGA